AGUCGGGAUCAGAGGGCUAUAACUGGGUGGCAUGAAAGAGCACCCGAGCUGUGAAGCCAGGGUUGUCUCUUUAGAAUCAUAGACUCACACUCUUCUGCGCUGGAGAUGCGCCACAGGUGCAGAAAACAAGAAAGCGGCACAUUACGAGAAAAGAAAAGGGUGGGGAAGUCAGUUGCAUAAGAGGAAAGCAAUGCGGGGAAGUCUGACUUCCCUUUUUGUCAAUGCUAAAAGCUGCAGGCACAGCCCCGCUAUUUGGAGAGAGAGAAGAGUGAGAGCUGCCAGCGGAGACUUUGAGGAGUAGCCAAAAAGCACCUGGAAGGAUCCAGCUGCCAUCAUGGGGGACUCGCGGGCCUAUAUCAGACACAUUGAACUACUUGGCUUUGAGAAGCGGUUUUUCCCGAGCCAACACUAUGUUUACAUGUUCCUGGUCAAAUGGCACGAUCUCACGGAAAAAGUUGUGUAUCGGAAGUUCACGGAAAUAUACGAGUUCCACGUAAAAAACUCUGAAGAAAUGUUUCCGAUUGAAUCCGGUAUUAACGUAGAGAACAGGAUCAUUCCACAUUUGCCAGCACCCAGGUGGUUUGACACCAACAGGUCCCCAAAAAAGACAAAACACGCUCUCCGAUACUCCUCCGCCUUGAUCAAUCUUCCCCGCAAAAUCUCCCGGUGCGAGCAUGUCUUGAACUUCUUCAGAGUCAAACCGGAUGAUCUCAAUCCACCUACAGCAGGCCAAGCCCCAGAUUCAACUGCCUUUGGGCGUUCCCUUUCUCAUCGCGCUUCUUCUCUAUGUAUCACAGGGCCCAUCAUCCUACAAGACUACCCGGCGAUCGCUGACUAUGAGGAAGAGCUCCAGCACUGA